GGGUAUAUAUCCACAGGUAACCCGUCCACGCAGAUUCUCAUCUGCAGAAAACCACGGAAACCAGUAUUCCUGUUCACUAUGAAGUUGCUCCUGGCUGCAGUGUUGCUGGUGCCGGCCCUCUAUGUGAGCGCCCAGACUCCCCUCACCACCACCAAGCCCAGCUCCUGGGAAGCAGCCGUGGCGUCCUGGUCGAAGCCCCUGCCCUGUGGAGGCUGGGACUGCCCUUGUGCUUUCUCAAAGAAGCGGGGAUGCUGCUGCGUGGCCAACUGGAUGACGAGAUUCGAGGAUCACCUGUUUGAGAGGAUUGGCAGACUCUGGAGCAACGUGAGCAUACUGACUGGAGACCUGAAUGGGAUCACAGCUGGACUCAACAUUGCUUUCUCGGCGAUUCUGGGGAAAUUAUCCUCCUGCUACGGGCCGUGUCACAAGCAACACGCCGAUGGCUGUAUCAAACCAUCCUGUGAGUUCACUGCUCCCCGAGCUGGCCUCUACUCCUUCUCCUUCACUGCUUUCUCUAACGAGGGAGGUGUGGGGCGGCGGAUGUAUCACCAGGUCAGCCUGAUGCACAAUGAUGACGUCGUGGCGUCGGUGUGGGAGGAUAACCGCGAGGACUACGAGGACAGCGGCUCCCAGACCGUGCUGCUGCCCCUCAGCGCCGGGGACCAGGUGUACGUGAGGCUGCUGUCCGGGAGGCAGCUGUGUGGAGACAUCUACCUGCAGAACUCCUUCUCAGGGUACCUGAUCUACCCCAGUACUGGAAACCCCUACACCGGGUAGCCAUGACCCAGGGCUGCACCCUUCCACUCCCCUCCCAGUCACCGACCCACCACUCCGAAUAAUGAGACUAGCUGUGGACUCCUUCUCGGGGGCCCUUCUGUACCACUGACCCAGGACUGUACUGCACCCCUCCCCUCCCUACACUCUACCCAAGCUGGGGAAGCCCUGCUAGCUACUGGCUAGUACUGCGUACGCCCCCUGCCCUGUGCCCCGUGCUCAUUCUGUUUAGCUGGCAGGCUGCAGGGCCAUAUUGUUUGUGCUUCAAGGCGUCUACUC